AUGCGAGCUUCUAGUCUUCAAAGUUUCAAUAAUGGAUCAAUUGCCAGGUUUUACUCGACUGGAGUCAAAUCCGACAUGUUGUUUUCUAUGCUCAGUUUGAAAAUUGGGUGGGCAUCGCAGGUUCAAGAUCAUCCAGAUUCCGAAAAAAUGUACGUCUCGAAGAUCCAAGUAUCCGCUGAUGCUGGUGAGAAUGGUACAGAGUCGGUUUCAAAGCAGGUUUGCAGCGGUCUCAGGAAUUACGUGGCUGCCAACGAACUACAGGGACAACUGCUGGUGAUCGUAGAUAACAUGAAAAAAUGCAAGCUGCGGGGCCAGGUCAGCGAGGCUAUGGUGUUAUGUGGCGACGAUUCGACUCGUGACGUUGUGAAGCCUUGCAUGCCGGCGGUUUUCGACCGUCGGCUUAUUGGGAAGCAAGUGUUUUUGAAGGGUUGUGAUGAGCAGAUCGAAGCGCCCACGCGAAAAAUCAAGACCGGCGAGUGGCAGGAGCUCAGCAAGAGACUCAUUGUCAAUGGCAGCGGCGAAGUGGUGUACCACGACCCUACAACCCAGACCACCACCCCAUUGUGCGUCCACAACGGCCAGCAAACGGUUUCCAUCGUUGUCGACGCCGUGGCCACUGGAACCCCAGUUCGCUAG